UAGCAUUUGUAAUUCAAUUCAGUUUUACGUGUGUAAGUGUUUUGUUUUGUCCUAAUUUUAUUUGUCAAAAUGGCCACAAUUAGCGAGGAUCAAUCAGACAUAAACCUCCUGCUGAUUGGCGAUGCAGCUGCUGGAAAAUCAACAUUGGUUAACGCUUUCGCUAAUUACUUAAUAACCCAAGAUUAUAAUGUCGCCUUGGAUAAAGGUCCAAUCACAUUCGCCCCGGCGCUCUACAACAUAGAAGACCAAACGAGCCACCAGUUCAUUGUAACCACCGGCACACUUCCGAACCCGUUCUCCAGAUUCGCAGGAUUACCCAUUACCCAAGACAUAAAAACCUACUCGUUCAAAAUAUGGAAUGACUCGUUAACCGUACGUUUGAUUGAUACCCCCGGAUUUGCAAACAUAGAAGAUGAUUGUACGUACGACAAAAACAAUUUCGAGUACAUCCUUCAUUAUAUAUCUCAACGGUACGAAUUGCACGGAGUCUGCUUUGUGAUGAAGCCCCUAAUUGGUCCACUUUCGAGGUCCAUGGUCAACGCCAUGAACUGGUUGAUUUUAAAUUUGGGGCCGAGGAUCGCAAAAAAUUUUAUAUUUUGUUUCACUGCCACGAGAGAAUACUACUACAGCAUGGGUCAUUCGGAGAGGUUCAUACUGGAGACCAUCAAGGAGAUCGAGAAACGGUUCCCUAAGGUUAAAAUUUCCUUUGAUGACAACAUUUUCCAAUUUGAGAACGAACCAAUCAUAUAUUUGAUUGCACGGCAGAAUAACAUUAGUUUGAAUGAAACACUCAAUAUGGUGAACCAGGAGAGCUGGUUCAUCUCACAAGACCAAUGCUGGAAGUUAAUACAGUACAUUGUGGGAAAUGUAGACAGAUCUCCACUUCCUCCCUAUGAGACCUUGGAAAAACGCAGCAUAAAUGAUUGUAGAAGAAUCAUUCAUCUGUUGUUACAACCAAUGGCAGACCUAAUAUAUAAUUUCAUCGUAAACAUGGCAGUUCUCCAAAGACACAGAACCAAAAUCGACGAAAGAAAACACACCCACAAAAUCAAAGACUUAUUUGACGUGCCCAUUAUUAAACUUAAAAUCAAAUCAAUUCCCACACCAGUUUCCAUAUGCACCCACGCCAAAUGUACUGGAAAAGUUCAGAAAUACAGCGUGAACGUGUUCUUUUGCAAAGCACCAUGUUACGCUCCAGUUUUAAUUAAUGGUCAACGCCAUAAAAUAGUGGGUGAUCCAGCCUUGGCCGCCACUCCAGCAUUCGAUUCACAUACUUUGAAAUGCAAGAAAUGUCACUGCAGGGAUAUUUUCCACAUGUAUGCUUAUUAUCUGCUGGAAUACGAGAUUCGGCAUGUGACCUUAAAAGAAAAUGAUAACAAAGGCGGCCCAUCAAAGUAUUUUCAACAAGCUCAGGGUCUUAAUAAAAAAAUUGAGGACAGAAUUAUUUCAAUGAAAGAAGAGUUGUUGAUGCUCACCAAAAUGGCGGCCGAGUUUAUGUUCUUUUUAAAGAGGACUACCAUCAGAGAUUUUAGUGACGGCUUUGCGGAAUAUAUCAAUUUUAUGAUCGCCAGGGAGGUAAAUAUGUCCCAGAAGUCGGAAAUCCUAAGCCAAUUGAGGAAAGUGCUCUACGUUUACACCCAAGCCAUGAACACCUUGGAAAAAACCGACACAGUGGAUAGUGCAUAUGCAACUUUGGAGUCAAUCAGGAAUUUAAUAGGGAGAGCUAAUUGUGCCAUUAAUAACAUUUUUAAUCUAAGACAAGCUGGUCAUUACUUAAACCUCCUGAGCAAAUGUCAGUUUCUUUCGAGAGACGAACAACUCCGAAGCACUUUUGUUUCGAAGUACUCAAGGAACUCGCAAAUAAUCCCAAUCAGAUUUGAUUUAGGUAAAGACAACAAGUUUGGAAAAUCCUCAACACUACCUGGAGGCUACUGCUGUUCUUGGGCCGGCAAUCCGCAGCCCUUUACAAAAUCAUUAAAAACGAAUCAAAGUGAAAAAACCAAAAAUGCAAUGAGGAUGUUCAGAAAGAAAUAUCCGAGAGACUAUUAUGAGUUCACAAACCAUUUGUCCACUUCUGUCUUGAAAAAUAUAGAUUUGUUUUCACCUUCGGGAGGUUGUCCGAACGAUGACUUUCCAUACGGACCCGGUUUGCAUCCUGCCCCUUGUAAUUUAUUGAAAUAUGAUUUCAAUUAUGUGAAAACAGGAAAUUGUAUGCCCACUUGCGUACCACCUGAAAGUAUCUAUGAUUUAUUAGACGAAGAAGGAGAAGAGUCGGUAGAGUAUGAAUUUGUAGACAGUACUACUAUUGAAGUAUGUAAUCAUAAUUGACCAAAUUGUUUUAUAUAUAAUUUGUUAUUUAUUUUGUAAAUAUGUAGGAUUUUAUUUAUUUGUUUGUACAGUGUAAAUUGUUGUGUACAUGAAAACUGUUAAUAUUUAUUUGCUGACAAUAAACAUUAAUACAAUGUUAUCGAUUAA